GGAAGGGAAAGCGCGGUGACGUCUCCAGGAUGCGGGCAGGUUUCUGCCGCGUCCUCUUUUUCCCGUCGGGCGUGUGCGGAGAGUCUGGGUUUGGCGUCGCCGGUGCUGCGGCCGCUGUCGUUGCCCCUCCGCGGGAGUGGCGCUGGGUGCGGGCCCGCUUCCCUUCACCUGCCUCCCUCAGGAGCCCGGCCUGGGCGCUCUACCCCCAUCUUCUCGCCGAAGGAGAUGCAGUGCUGAGGUACCCGGAGGCCGAACCUUAAGAAAGACCGUGGCCCCCGACCUGAAAAGAUAUGUUGAUAUGAACAACUGAUCUUUUUUGAGAUAAAGCAAAAAUCUCUCCAGAAUGAAUAAAUUAAAAAUGGCAUCAGAAAAAAGUGUAAGUAACAACUCUCGGAUUUUGAGUCUGUUGGCACAACUGGAGAAGAUCAAUGCAGAAUGUUUGGUAGAAGCGGACACUGCCAGAUACAUUACAUCAAAAAUUCUUCACCUGGCUCAGAGUCAAGAAAAAAUCAGGAAAGAAAUGACUGCCAAAGGUUCAACAGGGAUAGAAGUUAUUCUCACAACUUUAGAGAACACAAGAGAUUUUCAGACUACGUUAAAUAUCUUAAACAUCUUAAUUGAAUUGGUGGCAGCAGGCAGCAGCCGAAGAACAAGUUUUCUUGUUUCUCGAGGAGGGACACAGAUUUUGUUGCAAUUACUUGUGAAUGCAAGCAAAGAAUCCCCACCAAAUGAAGAAUUAAUGGUGCUACUACAUUCUCUUCUUGCUAAAAUUGGUCCUAAAGAUAGAAAAUUUGGAGUAAAAGCCAGAAUUAGUGGUGCUUUAAAUAUAACUCUGAAUAUAGUGAAACAAAACUUGCAGCAUCAAAGGCUAAUACUGCCUUGUCUUCAAGUGUUAAGAGUAUACUCAACUAAUUCUGUAAAUGCUGUUUCCUUGGGUAAGAAUGGAGUUGUGGAACUGAUAUUUAAGAUAAUUGGUCCUUACAGUAAGAAAAAUACUGGCCUUAUGAAAGUUGCUUUAGAUACCCUCACUGCACUUCUGAAAUCAAAAACAAAUGCACGGAGAGCUGUGGAUAGAGGCUAUGUCCAAAUGCUUUUAACAAUUUAUGUAGAUUGGCACCGUCAUGAUGGUCGGCAUAGACAUAUGUUAAUCCGCAAGGGAAUCUUGCAAUCUAUUAAAAGUAUUACAAAUAUCAAGUUGGGAAGAAAAGCAUUUCUAGAUGUUGAUGGGAUGAAAAUUCUGUACAACACUUCACAGGAAUGCCUUGCAGUAAGAACUCUUGAUCCACUUGUCAACACUUCCAGUCUGAUAAUGAGGAAAUGCUAUCCUAAAAAUCGUCUUCCACUACCAACCAUUAAAAGUGCUUUCCAUUUCCAGCUACCUGUUAUCCCUGUUAAUGGACCAGUGUAUCAGCUAUAUAGUUUGCCUCCUGAAGUGGAUGACGUAGUAGAUGAAAGUGAUGACAAUGAUGACACCGAAACAGAAUCUGAGAUUGAAAAUGAUAUUGAAGAUGACAUAGAUCAACAUUUUAAGAACGACGACAUUGAGACAGAUAUCAACAAACUGAAACCACAGCAGGAAUUGGGACGACCAAUGGAAGAUCUGAAAAUGUAUGAACAUUUUUUCCCAGAACUCAUGGAGGAUUUUCAGGAAUGUGACCUCAUUUCAAAGGAACCGAAGUCAUUUUCAUACAGCAUGGCUCCAGGAGGACCUAUUGUUGUUCCCACUGCUGGAGAGGAACCACCUUUAGCAAACCACAUGAUACAAAUUCCUGUGAAGGAGAGUAAUCUUCUACAAAGUGAGGACUGUAAUAAAAGACCAAUCUUUUUGGGAUUGGUAAAAAAUGAUGGUAUCAUGGAUAAUAGUUUGCAGCAACAAGAUGAUCAAAUGAAAUUGCUUCCAUCAUGCCAGUGCCUAAAUCAUGAAAUAGUAAAAGACUUUGACCGAAUAUCACUACAAAAUGCCUCCAAAAGUGAGCAGUCUAAUGUUACUAAGACCGUGACAAAAAAUGAAUGUAAAACUAGCAUUAGUGAAAUUACCUGUAAUAAACCUUUUCAACAUGUUCCAUCAUGUGGAAGUAUUUUGUUUGAGGGACGGUCUGUCCAGCUUGGAAAACUAUGCUGUUCUGGACCUGAUCCUGAAGAAGAAGAAGUUUCUUGUUCAGUUUCCUUAGGAGAGCAAGUAACACUUGAAGUGCCUGAUACAAUACAACUCCAUGAUCCAGAACUCUAUAUUGAAAUAGUGAAAAAUACUAGAUCUGUUCCUGAAUAUUCAGAAGUUGCUUAUCCUGAUUAUUUUGGACAUAUUCCACCUCGAUUUAAAGAACCUAUCCUUGACAGACCAUAUGGUGUACAGAGGAAGAAGAGAAUGGCUGCCAGUCACAUGCGAACUCUGAUGACAAAAAUUGCCCAAGAUAUUGAAAGGCUUAUUCAUCCUAAUGAUAUUAUAGACAGAGUUGUAUACGAUCUUGAUAAUCUCAGUUGUCUAGUGCCUGAUGAAGGAGAUGUCUUGAAGUUUAACUCCAAAUUUGAAUCAGGAAAUUUACGGAAAGUUAUUCAGAUCAGAAAAAAUGAGUAUGAUCUCAUUCUGAAUUCUGAUAUAAACAGCAAUCAUUAUCACCAGUGGUUUUAUUUUGAAGUCAGUGGAAUGCGAACAGGUAGUGCCUACCGAUUUAAUAUAAUCAACUGUGAAAAGACAAACAGUCAAUUUAAUUAUGGUAUGCAGCCCCUUAUGUACUCUGUUCAAGAAGCACUAAGUGGCCGACCCUCAUGGAUUCGUACAGGAAUGGAUAUUUGUUACUACAAGAACCAUUUUUCAAGAAGUUCGAUUGCAGCAGGAGGUCAAAAAGGAAAAUCAUAUUAUACAAUCACCUUCACAGUCACCUUCCAUCAUAAGGAUGAUGUUUGCUACUUUGCUUACCAUUAUCCUUAUACUUACUCAGCUUUAAUGAUGCAUCUCCAAAAAUUAGAAUCCACAAACAGUUCUCAGCAGAUAUAUUUUCGGCAACAUGUUUUAUGUGAGACUCUCUCUGGGAAUAACUGUCCUGUAGUAACUAUAACAGCCAUGCCAGAAUCAAAUUACUAUGAACAUAUUUGUCAGUUCAGAAAUCGUCCUUAUAUUUUCUUAUCUGCUCGUGUACAUCCUGGAGAGACCAAUGCAAGUUGGGUUAUGAAGGGAACUUUGGAGUAUCUUAUGAGUAACACUCCUGCUGCUCAGAGUUUACGAGAAUCCUAUAUUUUUAAGAUUGUUCCAAUGCUUAAUCCUGAUGGGGUCAUCAAUGGAAAUCAUCGCUGUUCUUUAAGUGGGGAAGACUUAAAUAGACAGUGGCAAAACCCAAACCCAGAUCUGCACCCCACAAUUUAUCAUGCCAAAGGUCUGCUUCAGUAUUUGGCAGCUAUAAAACGUUUGCCAUUGGUUUUUUGUGACUAUCAUGGUCAUUCUCGCAAGAAAAAUGUAUUUAUGUAUGGCUGUAGCAUCAAGGAAACAAUAUGGCAUACUAAUGUUAGUGCUGCCUCUUGUGAUCUGACUGAAGACCUUGGUUAUAGGACUCUCCCUAAGAUUCUGAGUCAGUCAGCCCCAGCAUUCUGUAUGAGCAGCUGCAGUUUUGUCGUGGAAAAAUCAAAGGAAUCUACAGCACGUGUUGUAGUGUGGAGAGAGAUAGGUGUUCAAAGAAGUUACACCAUGGAAAGCACAUUAUGUGGAUGUGAUCAGGGGAAAUACAAGGGGUUACAAAUCGGGACCCGUGAACUGGAAGAGAUGGGAGCCAAAUUCUGUACUGGUUUAUUGCGUUUGAAAAAAAUGACAUCACCACUGGAAUAUAAUCUGCCAUCUACUCUCUUGGACAUUGAAAAUGAAUUAAUUGAAUCUAGUUGUAAAGUGACAAGCCCCACUACUUACGUUCUAGAAGAAGAUGAACCUCGCUUCCUUGAAGAAGUGGACUAUAGUGCUGAGAGCAACGAUGAGCCAGACCCUGACUUGGCAAACAAUGCUGGGGACUAUGAGCCCUGUCUUCAAGAAGAUGGACUUUCUGACUCUGAAAUUACGAGGACGCGUUUGCCUUGAGACAUUCUUGGUACAUGAAGAAACAAACUACUGUGGCUUAUUUAAAAGAAACAUGGUGGGUUAUUUCAUCUUGGGGUUUUGCUAAAGCAGAUAAACUGCAGUCAGCCCAAUUCAAAAACAAUAAAUGCUUCUGACUUUUAAAUAAUUGGCAUUUGUUUUAUUUAAGUAAUUGAAUUUUUAUUUUUGCAUUGGAAUUACUUUAUCCCUCGAUGCCUGCUAAUUACUGAUGCAUGGCUUUUUGUGUUCAUCCCUAUAAUCACCAAGAUAAAAGAAGUAAUUACUAAGAUGUAAUUGGCAAAUCAGAGAGCAGAAGUUAACCUUAUUCUUGUCACACAAGCUGUUGGGCUAGUUACUAAAAUUCGCAUACAAUUUUUUUGGAAAGUUUUUGCAUCUGUGUACCGGUAUUUUUUUUAAUUCUGUUGUUUUUUUGUUUGAUGUAAUGCAGGGAUUGCUCUAAAUUAAUUCAUUUUGCAUAUAAUGGAUGAAAAAUGGAUGUUCUCGUUGACAUAUAUUUUAAGCCUUAGAUUGUAUUAACAUGGUUUUGCUACAGCCUUAAUUUAAAAUUGGCAAUAUCCACAUUUGUAGUUGAGAUCUGUACCUGCAGAAAGAUUUCAUUUACUGGGUAAACACUUUGAGAGUGGAGAGUCUUAUAUUCAGCCAUACAUGCAACUGUUCCUCUUCAGUCUCCUAGUAAAGUCUUACAUGUUAUAGUAUUUCUUCAUGUGAAAACACUCCACUGAAAAUAUAGAGGAGAGAGUUAGGGAUGGAUCUUUCUUUCCUGAAAUGCAGGAUUUUUUUUUUCUGUGUGAAGGAGAUUCAGUAAUGUAACCCUCAACCUACAUUUUAAGAUGGUAACAUCUAUCAGCUUUUUGUGAAAAAAUAAGCCUCGUGUAUCCAUGCUGACUAUAAAGUAUAUAUUUAUGUAAACACUUAUUACCUAAAACUCAUAACCAAAUUCUUUCUGAGGUUCAUAUAAAGCUUGGAGAAAAUAUGUGUUCUUCGUAAGCAUAACAAUUUAAUUGUAUGUAUAUUUCGUGAUACAAAUUCUAGAUCCUUUUCCAUAUUUAAUAUGCGCAUAGCCAAUAUGAGUUCAAAGUGCUCUGGAUACAAAGCAUAUACUUUUCUAUAUAUUAUUGUGGAAGAAUAAUGGUGUCGAUUUGGGUGGAAGUUGCUUUAUAGUCUCUUGAACUGACUGUGUAAUCCAGAGAAAAGUUAAGCAUGUGGAAUUCUAAUUUUAAAAUAUCUAAGCACAUGGAGCCUGUGAAUGUUAAAUUUUUCAAAUGAAGUUAAAUAUCCCUAACAUUGUCUGAUGUCUGCUUUAUCUCCCCACCCCCUGUUCCCCUGUCUUUUAUUGAAAUAUUAUAAAUCAAAGGUGAUAAGACAUUGGAACUAAUAUCAGAGUAUUGAAGGCCAGAUCCUUGUCUGUAGUAUUAGCCAAUUUAUUUCCUGAAAGAAAUCCACACUCCCCUUUUUGUUUUCUUUUGAUGGAGCUUAUGCAAGAGGGAAUGGUCUGGCUUUUUCUUAAGCUAAAACAUCUUGCUACAUGUAAGUGGAGAUUAUUUUAUUACUGUCCUUUAUUGCCAGAGGAAGCAUUUAAAAAACAGAAUCAGAUCAGUUUUAAGAGAUAUAUAUUUGGUCUUCUGCAUUCUCACCCCCCACCCAAGCUAGAUGUAUUUCACAGAAGUAGAUAAAAAUUAAUAAAGUAUAUAAAUGUACGGGAAAAAAUAACAUAUUCAUUGAUUAAAAAUAUUUUUUUAAUCCAAUCCACAACUUUGCUACUCAUACAGGAUUGCUACGCGUUGUCCCUACAAGCAAAAUGCAGUUAUGCUCUGAGUGGAACAAAAGGGUUUACAGCUCUGGCCUUCUGGAAUGAAAAUGAAAAUGAAAUAAGUAGCAUCUUAGAAACAGCAGAUAUCCUAGACUGGCAGUUAAACUGUGGAUUAGAUUAUAAAACGAUGUCCUUUAUCAAAUCAAGGAGGGUUGAACAGAUGUAUUCAAGAACUGAUCCAAUAUGUAUUUGUUCUUUGCUUUGUUGUAAGGAACCUACAGUGCAGUAUGGAAAUGAGUGGAUAAUCAGAUGAUGUUGAUAUAACAAGUUGUAUUAAUUUCUCCAUCCUCUUAACUGAAGCAGAUUUAAGAGUCUUGUAGUUAAUCUUUUGAACUUUAUGAAUAUUUUCCUAUAUUUUUAAAUCUUUGAAUGUAUUUUCAUAUAAUUUUGUUUUUACAAGAUGAUUUUUGAUGCAAAUGUGAUAUGGAACACCACAGAUAUUAAAAAUAUAUAAAUUUGAGUUGUACUUUGUCAGCUUCUGGGACUUUCAUAGAUGGACAAAGAAAAUUAUGUAUCAGUAAUGCUUAUUUCUUUUAAUGAAAUCUUCCUUUUUAAAUAUUGUACUGUACCUCACAGGCAAAAGUUUGUGCAACUAUCAGAUGUCAGUUGUGUGUGGAAUAUUAUUUUAGUCAUAACUGAAUAAUGAAAACAAUUGCUCAAAUUAGGCUGGCAAAUAUAAAAUAGUUUGUACAAAAGCUAGAAAGCCCAGGUUUUAAUAUAAGAAUUCAUUGUAAUGCUGUAAUUAUAAAUUGUGGCAAUAUUAUUGUGUAUGACCUACUUCCCAGAUAGAU